AACUACAAGCCCGUCUGAAGAAACUACGUCAUAGUUUGUAUGACGUGACAUCUUCCUCUCCUACCAGAAAUGAUAUUCCAUCCUCCUCCUCCGUCUCCUGCCGCUCCUUGUCAUCAUCCUCAACAUCAACAUCACGAUUGACAUCAGCGACGAAGAAGCUGGAUGAAUUCACUGAAUCGUUGCAUAAAGUAGCAAUAGCAGCAGGAAAUCGAAAACAAGACUAUGCGUCGUCGUCGUCGGUGAUCAAUAAACCUUCUGGAGAAGAAGAGGAAUAUUCUCUUAUGAAUACUAAUUCAUCUUCUAAAAUAACACGAAUACUACCAUCGUCUUUCUUCCAAUCAAAUUCCACUACCACUGCCACUAAUAAUACUAAUACCAGUAAUAUUUCUACUGCCACUGGUAACAUUCCUCAGUCUGGCCAGUUGGUGAUUGAUGAAGACAAUAAAGAGAAUAAGAUACCGAAAUUGAUAAUUAAAAAUACAUUUUCAAAUAAAAGUUGUUCAGUAGUGAAGACCAUUACCACGAAUACUGUUACAUCAACAACACCGACACCAACAACAACAAUCCCUCUUAGUUGUAUGCACAAUUCAUCUUCGAUGUCCACCACAUUGCCUUCAAUAUCAUCAUCAUCAGUAUUGUUUGUUGUCUGUUCAACUCCAACACUACCACCUCCUCCUCCUCUUCGUGAGAGGAUGAUGACGAGCAACAGUUACCAACAUUCAAAUAGUGAGAUACAUUCAUGGAAUAAUAACAACAACAACAACCAGUGGCUAUCAUCAACACCUGGAUUUCUCAGUGGUGACAAUAGUCAUUCAUCAGGUCCAAUAGAUAAUCGAAGAAAUCAGUUUGAUAUUGUCAGCGAUGAGUAUAGUCGAUUGAUGGGAUCUACUAGACCUUUGAAUACACCGAAUGUUGUUCAUUCUUUGACUGAUUUACUCAUGAAUUCAACUUCACCACCGUUUCAAAAAUUAGAAGAACAACAACGCUUUUCGGCCUUUGGUGUUCCUGUAAAGACUACGAGAGACUCUUUAAGCAGCAAUCCCACAUCGAAUUAUUUUCAUCGACAACAUGACACAAUGCCCUUCAAUCCUACCACAACAGCAGCGACCCCUACUAAUUUCGUUUCUUGUAAUUCUAGUCAUGACACCGUAAAGCCAACUACUACUACAACAACAUCGCCACCGAUAUGGAGACCAUAUUUAGACUAG